AUGGAAGAGGAGAUGACAUCAUUGUCUCUUGCUUAUUUGCUAUUUCUGCCACAUCAGUGCUCGGAGCCCGGCAGCGCGCGGCUCUCCGCCGAGGAUAUCGUGUCAGUGGCCAACGGCGGCGCGGUCACGCCCUCCGGCGCUCUGCGGCACUACCUCGCCCCGCCCCCACCGCCGGCCACGCCCCCCGCCGCGCUCGCCCCGCCCCUCUCGCUCAGCGCGCGCUCGCUGCGACACGCCCCCUGCGACUGUCUGCCGCAACAUCCCAUACCGCCGCCGGAACUCUUCCACUUUUGAUUACAUUCAUACACUCAUACAUACAACAUACAUACAUACAUAUACAUACUUUGUUGGAAAUAUGCUUACAAGUAAUGAAAGCAAUAGUUUUUGUUGUCAAAUGAUAAUUACUUUUGCACUACUUAACGCCUGCAAUAUUAUAAUAGCAAAGUUUAAACAUAUUACCAACAAAAUAUUGAAUAUAAUUACACUUUGGAACAAACGAAAUUUAAAUUAAAUGUCUUCGUUUAAUUUGUAGUUUCAAAAUGUAAUGACAUUUUAAAUAAUUUAGAAUAAUGUGUACACAUUUCUGCUACUUUUUUUUUUAAUAUGUUGAAGUA